AAAUGCUACAUUAGUACCAUUUGGUCAAAGUGAUUCUUCGUACCUAAUAAUUUUACAAUUUAUACAAUUUCAAGCUGAUUGUGCAUCCAUUAUUAUUCGUCAGUUUUGAAACACUACUGUUCUAAAUCGAAGCUGCAGGACUAGUAAUAUCACACAAAUAAAAUUAAAAACAAUUUAAUAUUAUUGCUGCAAAUAUGCAUCUUGGCUGUUAAUGAGCUUCAACAAAUAAUUGGCGCAUAGUUAGCUCGAACUGGAAAUUGUAUAAAUUCAGAAGAAAUAUUAUUGGGCACAAAAAGAACGAAAGAAUAGUCUUGACUGAAUACGGAGAGUGUUUUAUAAUUCAAAAUAUUUUUAUUUCAUUUUAAUUCGAAUUAAAUCAGUAAUGAUACGCUCGCUGGAUGACUACUAAUGUGUCCAACCAAAUUCGUUUAAUUAAUUAGAGCUGCAUAUAGACGAGAUUUCGCGGACACUCGACACAGGUGUGUUGCGUUAAACGAGAAUAUUAUGUUACCGAAUAUGUACCGCGCAAAAACAUUGCUGAUUGCUGAUUGCCGAUUGCUGAUUGCGGUGCGCGUAACAAAGAAAAGUGGAAAUACUGGAAUCUGUAAUAGUUAUGUGUGGAAUACGUACGAGUGUGAACGAGUAGCACUCUAUUACAGAUAACUAUUACAGAUUCCAGUAUUUCCUUUCGAAAGACUCGAAAGAAGUAGAAACGCACCGAUGCGAUGUGAUGUACAUACAUGCUACAUAGUACGUACUUGGUGGCGCUGCGCGGCGUAAUGUGGCGUAAUUAGGCGUAAUGUGGCGUAGUGGCACGCACCAACGCACGGCACUGCGCGGCACGAGGGUAGAUUGAACAGCUGAUCCUCGCCGCGCGUCUAUGGAUCGUGGUCUAUGGAUCUAGCGACCGCGAGUUUCACGAGACCACGAUAUUGUCAUUCGUCUCUCCUCAAUUGUCGAUUGCCGUCAAUUACUGUCGGCGUCGAUGGUGAUUAGGUUCGAAUAGACGAGUACGCGAAAAGAGAUAGCGCGCCGUGUCAUCUCCGAAUCCUCAUUCCUCAUUCCCGAGCCCCGAGAGCUGUGCUUGGUUCGGUGGCCGCCGCGUGAAUUAACCCCUUCCCGCGACUACUCCCCGCCGCGAUAUCCACUCCUUGGCUUGGGAACCGGAGAGACUGGAGAGCAGAGAGAGCCGAGAGCUCAGUGAUCAAUCACCUUAAGUUCACCUAUCGUCUGGUCCGAGGUUCGCCCUCGAGUCCGGGGACAUUAUUAUGGCCAGUCCGGUAGUUGGUACUGGAUAUAACUUUAAAGUGGUUUUGCUCGGCGAGGGAUGUGUCGGCAAGACUUCGGUCGCUCUACGAUAUGUCGAGGACAAGUUCAAUGACAAGCAUAUCACCACGCUACAGGCGUCGUUCCUGAAUAAGAAAUUGAAUAUUAAUGGGAAAAGAGUCAACUUGGCGAUAUGGGACACCGCCGGGCAAGAAAAGUUUCACGCAUUAGGACCAAUUUAUUACAGAAUGUCCAAUGGUGCCAUUCUCGUAUACGAUAUUACGGAUGAGGAUACUUUCCAAAAGGUAAAAAACUGGGUGAAGGAGCUUAAGAAGAUGUUAGGUAGUGAAAUUUGUUUAGUGAUAGCAGGUAAUAAAGUGGAUCUGGAGAAGGAUAGGAACGUUGCCACAGAGGAAGCUGAAGAGUAUGCUAAACAGGUGGGAGCUAUGCAUUUUCAUACAUCAGCAAAGUUAAAUCAGAACAUUGAAGAGAUGUUUCUAGACUUGACACAACGUAUGAUGCAACGUGCAGAUGAGGCUGAGCAAAAAUCCACGCUCACGAGGACCAAUAGUACGCGUCGCAAUGUCGUAAUGGUCGAGGAUGAGGCAGAACAAACUCAACCGAGUAGAAGUUCCUGCUGUAGUGGUGGUGGUGGUGGUAGUAGUGGUGGUAGUGGUGGCAGUGGCAGUGGCGGUGGAGGCGAUAACGGCGGCUUUUCGUAGACCUUUAAAAUCAAUUUACAUUCAAUUUCAGAUACAAGGUCUAAUUUCGGCAAUUUACUAAUUAUAUACAGGAUGGCGCAUCUUAGAUAUGACAAAUUACUAUUUGCAAAUGGUAGUUUGUCGUAUUACAAAUGCUUCAUCUUGUAUAUACACAAGGACAAGAGUGGUUACGUAUGUAUGAAUGUGCAUAUGUAUGCCUAUAUACAUAUAUGUAUAUUUUUAGUUGCGGUAAUUCUUGGAUAGCAAAGAUACUUGUAUACUUGUGUGUGUAUAUACAUAUACGUA